AUGGUGAAGUACAGUAUGGAUGAGUCAAAUGAAAAUAUGGUGAAUCGGCAUUGCACUAUGACAAAAAUAGUAGAUUCUGUAUCUGAGACACUUCCACCAUUCUCACGAACUUUUGAUUCAACGAAAGAUUGUGCGAGACGAAUCAAACUUGAAUUGUAUCAAUUAGUGUGGUUAAUUUCAUCUCCUCCGAUGUUCAAUACUGAACGCAUCAAUGAGAAUAUAAUGUUUGAAAAGUUUAUAAAUGUUGUUGAUAAAACGAUGCGAUUCAACAAUAUCGACGAAUGUUUAGCCCAUCUACAGCAAUCGGAGCAGGAUGGUUUUAUAACGUUUUUAGUAUGCUGCCAUUCGCUUAACGAUAUGUUAUUCCCUCAACUAGUCGAUUUACACAACAUUCAAUCGAUCCAUGUUCUCCGUCAAAAUCAACAUGAACAUGGAAGCGAAUUUUUUAAAACUGUAAACGUCUAUGAUUCAUCAGACAACCUGAUAUUGAACUUAUCCAAUAGUCUGAAUAACUUCAGAAAACACGAUGAUAGAAUAGUUUUCACCCAAAUCACAAUCCAUCUUCCAUAUCCAAUCGACUACUGUCGGCAAAAAUUCGAUCUAUUAAAAGAACACUACAUCGGAAAUAUUACACAAACCAAUUUAAUCGAUGAAUUUCAAUUGAAUUACCAACCACGCAAUGCCGUCUGGUGGUAUAGUCGUGAUACAUUUCUCUAUCGUCUACUUAACCAAGCCCUCCGAAAACACAAUGUUGAAUUGUUAUUUUUGUUUGGCUGGUUCAUCCAAGACCUAUACAAACAAUUGACUGAUGAAUAUGAAAAAUUUCGAACAAAACAUAUCGACAGUCCGAAGCUUACUGUCUAUCGUGGUCAAACAAUGUCACGUAAUGAAAUUGACGAACUGGCGAGUUAUCGUUUAGCGAUAACUAAUAGCUUCUUUUCGACAACAAAGCAUCGUCAAUUAGCAACAUUUUAUCUGAAUUCACUUGCGCAAAGUGAUGAUCAAUUGCAAAACGUUUUAUUUGAAGUCAAAAUCGAUUGCCAAGUUCAAAGUCGAUCGUUUGCUGACAUAUCUCAUUUAAGUCAUUUUCAAACCGAAGAUGAAAUUCUAUUCAUGAUCGGAACGCUAUUCGAAGUUGGCGAAGUUAAUUAUAUCGAAAACGAACGACUUUGGUUGAUUUAUUUGGAGUUAAUUUAUGAUGAAAAUGUUCAAGACACACGAAGUUUUCAAAGUAGUUCAUCAGCGAAAAGGACGCUGAAAAAUUGUUUAAGUAAAUUAUCUACAUUUAUUCUACCGGAGAUCGGAAGUAAGGAACUUCAAACGAUCGUAUUCGAGAAUUUGGUUGAAUUAUUUCCGCAGGAGGAGAAAUGGUGUUCGGCCAUAGAAUUUAAAUGCCAAUCGGAACAUUUGCGUUUGCAGGGUGAAGAACAAGAAGAAUGUCAAAAUGAGAUUGUAUCAAAAUAUGAAAAAGCCAUUGCAAUAUGGCAGGAGUAUCAAGAUGAUGACAGUUUGAAUUGCUCAAUUGAACUCGGACAAUUAUAUUUCAGUAUUGGUGAAUAUUACUCAGAUGAUAUGCAUGAUGAUAAAAUAGCUGAAAAAUAUCUCAAUUUAGCCAGAGAUUGCUUUCUAUUAGCUUUAGCAAAAGAGCAGAACGAUUAUGAAACGAUGAAGAUUUAUGAUCAAUUGAGCGUUGUGUUUCAACUCAAAAUGAAGCCGAUGGUGAUCGAUAAUGAAGGUAUAUACGAAAACUCGGCAGAAAAAAUCGAAACGGUAUCAAUGGCUGCAAAAUAUAAAGAAUCAUAUAUUGAGUAUAUGAUGAGAUUCUAUCCGUCAAAUUAUAUUGAAAUUGGGCAAACGCACGAGUAUUUAGCGGGUUUGUAUAAAUCAAUCGGUAAAUAUGAUAAUGCAUCGAUCAAUUAUGAAAAAGCAUUCCGUAUUUUUCUACAAAAUCCUCAUGUUUCCCCUACUGAUAUGCAGAAUCUUGUCGAGGAGAUGGUUUCCUUCCAUAGUGAUGAACGAUUGGACUAUCAAACAGCUCUUUCCUAUCAAUUGAUGCACCAUGAAUAUAUAAAAAGAGCAUCAACUAUGUCGAAAUUACGUGAUGUUAAUUGCCAAAAACAGAUCGCAGCAGACAGUCAUGUUCAACUGGCUGAUCUUUAUUCUUCAUUGGAUCAGGUGCCUUUGGCAAUAGACAAUUUAACAGCGGCAAUGAAUUUAUAUGCUCAGAUCGAGGAAAAUAUGGCAGACUAUUUUCGUAAACAAGAAAAUUUGGAAUCAAUAACAGAAAAAAUAACUAAAUUAACGAACGCUUCAUGUGACGAACAUGAGAAUAAACGAAUGAAGAAAGAGAACCACUGA